AUGUGAGGAAAGACCAUGGAGCAGAAAGAAAUCUACCCGCUAAACCGUGGGAAGAUUAUACUUGACAUUUUUAUUCUCUUUUAUUUAUUUUCCCUCCAUUUUCUGUCGGACCAAACAAAGUGCUUUACCUUGAAGAUAUUGACCAUUAACAGAAGAAGUGUACCUCCACUUCCACUAACGAAUAUCAAUUCUCAGGAGUUUCUAGAAAUACCCACAUUGAUUUCUUUACCGAUAGAGAGAAUUAUCUCUAGUGGGUUAAAAGUAUAUCUGGUAGAGAGCAAAGCAGGAGCCAUUGCAUGUAUGCUGCUUUCCUUAUUCUGCUUAGGCACAUGGCCUGCUAUUCUUACUCUCCUAGAAAGACGAGGCCGUCUUCCUCAGCAUACUUAUCUUGAUUAUUCGAUCACAAAUCUCCUGGCUGCUCUAUUUUUUGCUUUUACAUUUGGCGAGAUGGGCAAGAGCACACCAGAGACACCAAAUUUUAUAAACCAACUUUCUAAGUUGAACGAAAAUUGGCCUUCAGUCAUGUUUGCAAUGGCUGGUGGUAUUGUGCUAAGCCUUGGGAAUAUAUGCAUGCAGUAUGCUCUGGCUUUUGUUGGUUUAACAGUGACUGAAGUUAUUGCUGCUAGUUUGACGGUUGUAAUAGGCACAACCUUGAAUUACUUCUUAGAUGACAGAAUUAAUAAAGCUGAGAUUCUUUUUCCGGGUGUUGGUUGCUUCCUGAUUGCUGUCUGUCUAGCUUCGGCUCUUCACGCAUCCAAUGCAGCUGAUAACAGUGCAAAACUCAACAGUUUGCCGAGUGAUUGCAACCUCAGAACAGAGACUGAGGAUACUACCAUAUUCAAAAAUGUUUUUUCAAACAACGAAUCAACGGUUCUGGAGAAUGGGAUUAAAAAUGCAGAGAAGAUUAAAUUUGGAACAAUCGACUUCCUUGUCGAGCUUGAGAAUAGAAGAGCAAUUAAGGUAUUUAGGAAGAGUACCUUCAUUGGACUUUUCAUAAUCUUCUCUGCCGGUGUUUGCUUCUCUCUUUUCUCACCGGCUUUUAACUUAGCAACAAAUGAUCAAUUCAACACCCUGAAGAAAGGGGUAGCUAAGUUGGUUGUCUACACUGCAUUUUUCUGGUUCUCAGUUUCUUGUUUUGUACUCGCCAUAAUUUUGAAUAUCACCUUCCUUUAUCGCCCUGUGCUGAACUUACCAAGAUCAUCAGUAAAGGCUUAUCUGAAAGACUGGAAUGGCAGAGGUUUGGCCUUUUUGGCUGGUCUACUAUGUGGGCUUGGGAAUGGUCUCCAAUUUAUGGGCGGUGAAGCUGCAGGAUAUGCAGCUGCAGAUGCUGUUCAGGCACUUCCACUGGUUGGCACAUUUUGGGGCAUACUUUUGUUUGGAGAGUACAGGAGAUCAUCAAGAAAAACACAUGCAUUACUAGUUAGCAUGUUGUUCAUGUUUGUUGUAGCUGUUGCAGUUCUUAUAGCAUCCGCAGGGAGUCGAAAAUAGACAAACGACAAGAAGUUCCUCACGGAAAUUGUAUAGAGCUCAUAUUAUCAAGAAGUUUCAUGGCUAGAUAUUGAAGGGCAAAAUUCUUAUAAAAUUGUAAAGAACAUUGAAUUUCUCUUUAUAGUAAAAGAUUGGAUUUUGGAGGAGGAGGAGCAAGUAGGGCUAAAUGUAGUUCGACUUGGGUCGGGUUUUUGGAUUUGGAGUGUCCAAACUGUAUGUGUAGAUAAAUAACAACAAUUUUCACAAACUUCAAUAUAUUCUAAUAACAACAGUUGAAAACAA